UGAUCUGUCGUACCUGUACAUACAUUCUCAUGGUAUCUAUGCAGCGUAUAUAGUACAUCAUUGACUAAUAAUUUACUCCCUCCAUUCCAUAAUAAUACAAGAUGUUAUUACUAGCAAUAUACUCACAUAUUGGUAGUAAUAGCAUAUUAUAUUAUAGGAUGGAGAGAGUACCUUUCACUGCCAUCAUAUAUAUAUUAGAAGAGCUACGUUGCAAUUUCACCACAUGAUUUUACAAUGUGAUUGAACUAUCUCAAUAUGAGGUCAUGGGUUCGAGUCCCGGAAAUAACCUCUCGCAGAAAUGUAGGGACAGAUUGCGUACAAAAGACCCAAAGUGGUCGAACCCUUCCCCAGACCUUGCGCAAGUGGGAGUUACGUGCAUUGAGCUGUCCUUAAUUGUUGUUGUCAAAGACCUUCGAUUUUAUACCGUGUUGAUCUUUCUGUCGGACUUUCUGACCCUCCUAGGCGCACCCUGGGGAAGUCUGUUUUAAACCUUGAAUUUGUAUGGGUGGUCGAAAUCAAACCCCAACCUCUCAAUCCUUGAGAUCCCCAUCUGCCACGCCUAUAUUGCGUGGCACAUGACCUUAUCGCUUGCCUCUUCACAAAGGAUCUUUGCCGCCCACCUUAGGGUCACAUCACAGCGCCACCACCGACGUGAAAGGCGUGCCCCUUCUUCAUGAGUCUCAAAUGCGCGCCUCUCCGACUGUCGCGGUCGCCCAGCACGUUGCUCUGGCCUUUUUCGAGUUUCGCAUAUGUUGUCGCCUCCCUGAGCCAACGCUGGUGACCGGAGACAAACCCUCGGAAUCAUCGUCAGACCACAUCCAAUGGCAUGCCUGAAUUAGUGACCAAUGGCCUCCCCGGUGCCACGUGUGCAAUCCCUGUUUGGAAACUGACGUAAACCCUAGUCUCCCCGGUGCCACGUGUGCAAUCCCUGUUUGGAAACUGACGUAAACCCUAGUCUCCCCGGUGCCACGUGUGCAAUCCCUGUUUGGAAACUGACGUAAACCCUAGUCUCCCCGGUGCCACAUAUGCAAUCCCUGUUUGGAAACUGACGUAAACCCUAGUCUCCCCGGUGCCACAUAUGCAAUCCUUGUUUGGAAACUGACGUAAACCCUAGUCUCCCCGGUGCCACAUAUGCAAUCCUUGUUUGAAAACAGACUUAGCCGUGCUACUGACCGGGAUUGUCGAUUUCGGGAUUGAGAGGUUAGGGCUUGAUUCCAACAAGGCGUAAAAGUUCAAGGUUUAUUUCAUACUAGCCAAACCGGCUGGGCCCACAGGUCAGUGUGGCCAAACCGGGUGGCCCCACCGGUCAGCGAGCGGCGCACGGGGGCCACCAUCCAUCCACGUGAACCGCACCAGCCACCCAGAAAAAACCGAACCCACCACCGCCCCUGGCGGCCUCGCUCGCCCUUAUCCCCCCGCCCGCCUCCACCACCCGCCGCCGCCGCCAUUUACUCCACCACCACUCCCUCCCUCCCUCUUUCCCCCAGAUCCAGAUCUGAACCGCCGCCCGCCGCCGAGGGGCCAUCCGAUGGAGGCGAGGAAGAGCGCGCCGGGGCAGCCCUGGUCGGACGGCGAGACCAUGCACCUCAUCGACGUCUACGAGGACCGCUGGACCAGGCUGCGCCGGGGCCAGCUCAAGGCGCACCAGUGGGAGGACGUGGCCGCCGACGUCACCCGCCGCUGCGGCGGCCAGCGCAAGACCGGCACCCAGUGCCGCCACAAGCUCGAGAAGCUCCGCAAGCGCUACCGCACCGAGGCCGCCCGCCCCGUCACCUCCCUCUGGCCCUUCUUCCGCCGCAUGGAGCGCCUCGAGCGCGGCCCCGUCCCCGUCUCCACCAACUCCUUCCCCGCCUCCCCGCCCGCCUCCGACGACGACCAAGACCAAGACCAGGACCACGAUCUGGACCUGGACCUGGACCAGGAGGAGGAAGAAGAAGAUGAAGAAGAGGAAGAGGAUGGCGAGGAGGACCAAGAAGAGGAGGAGGAGGAGCAAUUGCUCGUCGCCAGAAACAGGAGCAUCAACGGCCUCGUGCGCGACGCCGGCGGGUUCAGGGGCCAUCAGCAGCAGCAGCAGCGGCGGCGCCCGUCGCCGCCUGCUGUCACGCUGUCCACCGCGCCUCCACGCAAGAGGGUCUCCUAUGAGGCCGCCAUGUUCCAGUCCAAGGCCGCCGCUGCAGACAGGGUCAAGGCUGAGGAGGCUCCCGCCGUGGACCACCACUCCGUCGCAGGCGUGUUGAGGGACAUCGGCGAGGGAAUCAAGCGGCUGGAGAGGCGGAGAAUGGAGGUGCAGUGGGAGAUUGAGCGGGGGUGGAAGGAGACGGAGGCCCGCAGUAAUCAGAUGCUCCAGGACGCCCAGCGGCAGUUACAGGACACUCUCGCCGCACUGCCGCCGACGGGGAAGAAGGCCAGGAGGGACCAUGGCAGCAGUGCAGACGGCUUGCAGGAGGCUAGCUAGCGAUCGCUCGAUCUCGAUUGGGGGAUAGGCAGGUUGAAAGCUGUUUAUUUUCUUAUCUGGUGGUAGUGAAGGGAGGCAAAUAGAUUGUUCCUAGUCUUCAUCCUCUGCUCGGGAUGUAUGUAUUUAGUUCUCGUCGUGAACGAUUCUGACCAUUGUUGCUUACUUCGGUACGCAUGGCAAACCAUGCUUCUUACCAGACCAGUUGCAUUCUGUCUCUACUUUGGUUGGUCUUUGCAGUGAUUGAUGUCUUGGACAAUUGCCAUAACUUAAUUGUAUGCCCGUCACCUGAUAUGAGUGAAAAAAUGUGACUUUUUGGGCAGCAUCUCUUAA